AUGGCCUCUCAAAACAAAUUCUUAAAGUCCAAGUCAGUCUCUGUCGUUGGUGUCCCAUUCAACGGAGGUCAACCUCGCACCGGUGUCGAAGAAGGUCCUAUCCGCCUUGUUGAAUUCGGCCUGUUGAAUCAGUUCGAGGAAAUGGGUUAUGAGGUUGAAUAUGAAGCAAAUGAAGACAUUACCUCUUUGCGUCCCGCAGAAGAUCCCGAUACCCUUAAUUUGAAGCAACCCAAAUACGUCUCUGCUGUCACUGAAGUUGUAUCAAAGCAAAUUCUCAAGAGAGCUCAAGAGGGUAAGUUUGUAUUAACAUUGGGUGGCGAUCACUCGGUCGCUUUGGCCACUGUGUCUGGUGUUUUUGGUGCCUAUCCCAAUGCUUGUCUUAUCUGGGUCGAUGCACAUGCAGACAUCAAUACCCCUGCUAGUACUGACUCUGGUAACAUUCACGGCUGUCCAUUGAGUUUCUUGACAGGCAUUGCUGGAGAUCAUCCUGAUUUCAGAUGGGUUCAACCUCUCCUCAAGACCAACCGUCUUACUUAUAUUGGUUUGCGUGAUAUCGAUGAAGGUGAGAAGGCUAUUAUUCGUAAGCUGGGCAUCAAGGCAUUUUCCAUGCACCAUGUGGAUAGAUACGGUAUUGGACAAGUGGUGGAAAUGGCAUUGAACCAUGUCAACCCUGAUCGCGACUUGCCUAUCCAUUUAUCAUUCGAUGUGGAUGCUUUGGACCCUUCCGUUGCACCUAGUACUGGCACUCCUGUUCGUGGUGGUUUGACUUUCCGUGAAGGCCAUUACAUCUGUGAAGCUAUUGCUGAAACUGGAUUAUUGGUGGCUGCUGAUAUCAUGGAAGUUAACCCUGCUUUAGAAGACACAAACUCUGUGUUCCAAACUAUUCAAGUGGGCUGCUCUCUUGCUCGUUGUUGUUUAGGUGAAACUUUACUGUAA